UGUGUUUUUGUUUGAUCUGCGCGGUGUCAAACGAAUUGUGGACUGAAAGUGAAACGCACUUUGCAAACCUCAGACGACCUUGCUGCAACAGACUGUCUUUGUAGACUAUUCUGAUCAGUUUGGGGAAAAACAUGGCUUUAUUAAACAAUUGUCAUUCAAGUCGCUCCUUUCGUAUACGUCUUCUCCUCAUGGGACUGCUUAUUCUAUCGCAGGAAGCACAUUCGAUUUGCCCGAGUGUCUGUCGUUGUGUAGGUCAGUAUGCUUCGUGUGGAAACCAGAAUCUUUCAGCGAUUCCAGUCGGGCUACCUGACGACAUACGGACCCUCUAUCUUGAGCACAACCAACUCACCAAGCUAGCAGCUGGUGAUUUCUUUAGAUUAUCUCAGCUGGAACAGCUGUAUCUGUACAACAAUAACAUUACAGUCAUCGAAGAUGGCGCAUUUCGCGGCCUGACAAGGUUGAAAUCGCUGGGUCUCGAGAGUAAUAACAUCAGCAUACUAACUCACCGUACUUUUGAGGGAAUGCCUAACCUGGAAGAGUUGAGCCUCCAAAAUAAUCGCCUGUCUUCUUUAACUACUGGCGUCUUCAGUCAGGCCCCUCGUCUUCGGGAACUUAAUUUGGCAAGCAACGACAUUGGGGAAUUCCCGACCGACAUCUCACGAGACUUAAUGAACGUCGAGAUACUAGACCUGUCAUACAACUCAGCAAGUCUGCUGUUGACUCCUGUCUUUGGACAAAUGGUGGCUUUGCAGCAUCUCAUAUUGAACAAUCUUUCUGCGGUAAACAAUGCAUCUGUGGUGGAUUCCAUACCGGUACCAGACUCGGCAUUUGACGGAUUGUCGAAUCUAAGAAAACUCGAACUCAAUGGUAACCGUCUCAGCAAAAUUCCUGCAGCAGUCAAGACUCUUUUGAACUUGAUUUCUAUCAAAUUACAAUCUAACUUUAUUCAAUCUAUUGAUGCUGAUGAUUUUCACCAGCCCUCCUUGCUAGAAUGGCUCGAGCUUGAUAACAAUUCCCUGGUUGAAAUCCGUACCUCUACAUUGGCAGGGUUCCCACAUCUCACCGAUUUGUACUUGAACUACAACAAUUUGACCACCAUAGUGGACGGAGCAAUGAAUCAUGUUAACCCCAAUGUAACUCUCGAGUUAUUUGGGAAUCCCAUCCGUUGUGAUUGCCAUUUGCGCGGGUUUGCGGCGUGGCUCAAGAACAACCACACUGGAUCACUUAAGGGAGGCAGAUGCGUUACUCCCGAUCGUCUAAACGAUACGCCCGUGACCCAUCUUCUUCCAAAUCAGUUCGCUUGCAGACCACGAUCAACUUCCCCUAAUGCCACUGUCUCAGUGCAUCUUGGAACCAAUGCCCUUUUACCAUGUGGUAUCGACGCAGACCCGAUAUUACAAACUUCCUGGAUUACAAACAGGAACGAAACAAUCUCUACAGACAAGCUUAAGCCGCCCUUCGCCAUGGUUGAUAUAAAUGGUUCCUUGUUGAUAACAAACGUCACGUGUUCCCACGAAGGACUCUACGUGUGCAAGGUCAGCAAUGGUGCAGGAUCUGUUCGAAACUAUGUCGAGCUUCGAAUACUCUACUCAACCUUGCCCCAAGAGCCAACAGACAAGACACACCUCAUUCUUGAAACAUCAAUGCUUGAAACAAUCGUAAUAACACCAACUCUGUCCGGGGCCGUUGCUGGUAACAAGUUGAUGAUAUCAAUCGGUAUAACAGGCGGCAUCUCGUUUGUCAUGGUAGUUUUACUUGUCGUGCUUAUCACCAUUGCCAGAAAGAGGUGCAGUAAUGGAGCAGCACCAGCACCGCCAGCACCA